UCGAGCAAGCCAUUUUCAAAUUGCCCACGUUUUAUAUCUUGUGCAAAGGAAACUUAUUUAUUUGUGCAGACCGAUUGGGAUUGGGUUGAAGAUAAUCGCCAAAACACAUAUGAGUCCUAAUUAAGAAGGGCUUUUACUUUAUUGAGUUACAGUUUAUUUUAAAAAGACAACAAAUGACCUCCAUUUGCGAAGAUAAGGACCCCAAUUCUUUAGGGAUAACAGGGGAUCUCAGCCAAGUAAACCAAGAUGAGCUGGACUUUUCUGACAUUUUUGUGUACCCUGGUUGCAACGAUUUUCCUGGAGAAGACCAAGAUGAACCAAGUCUCCCCUCUCAAAAAGUCCUCAACCCCACAUCCGGUAUGGCCUACCCCCACGAGGAGAUGUCUGCCUACACCCAGGCCUGCAGCCCCUCUCUCUACAGGGAGCCGCUUCCAGAUGGUUUCACGGGGUACGAACACUUGGAAAACAAAAACUACCUGGACCACUCCAGGCCUGGAGGCCCGGCGAUGAGUCCGAGGAUAGAGAUCACCCCCACCUGCGAGCACUACCAGCACGUCAGGGAUUGCCUGCAGGCGCAGCCGGUCAACAUCGUCCCCCGGCCCUCGCUGACAGUCCCCGGGCACGAGGGCCCCUCGUACCGGGAGCUGCCCUGCCUGAGCCCCGCCAGCAGCAACUCCUCCACCAGCUGCCACUCCGAGGGCCUGUCCCCCUGGGCCUCUCCCUGCGUCUCCCCUAGCAGCGUGAACACGCCCGCUGACCUCUGCCCCCGCCUCCAGAACAUCCACACCAGCUCCCCCCGCACCUCCCCUGGCACCUCCCCCCGCACCAGCGUCACCGAGGACAGCUACCUGGGGGCCCGCUCCCCGUCCCCACGGCCCGGCUCCCGCUCUACCUCCCCACAGGGGAAACGCACCUAUGAUAUGUCCCAGAGCCCCAGCCUGGUCCCUCGGCCCCGUUCUCGCAGCCCCUCCCCUCACGGAGGCUACGAGGACCACCACCAUGCCGGGCAAUACGGCCCCUCCUCUGGCCUGGCCGAGGCCAUGAACGGCCUCAACACCGGCAUGCCCGGGUCCAUCCCCACCAAGAUCAUCAAGCCCAACCUCGACUACUGGCCCUCCCCCGAGACCCAGGUUGACAGCUGCCUGUUCUCCUGUGAGCAGGACGUGAAGAGCAAGCCUGGCGCCGAGCCCUACUUUGUCAUUCCUCCCAUCUGGCCCAAUCAGCUGGCAUCUGGCCACUGCAGUAUUCCAGCGGCCUCUCUGCCCUCUCUGGAGUGGCCUGUCCCCAGCCGGAAUGACCAGUACGAGCUCCGCAUCGAGGUGCAGCCGAAACCUCACCACCGGGCCCAUUACGAGACGGAGGGCAGCAGGGGGGCGGUCAAGGCGCCCAGCGGGGGUCACCCGGUGGUCCAGCUGCUGGGGUACAGGGGCAAGGACCCGCUGGGCCUGCAGAUCUUCAUCGGGACGGCCGACGAGAGGAUCCUCAAGCCCCACGCUUUCUACCAAGUCCACCGCAUCACUGGCAAGACCGUCACCACCACCAGCUACGAGAAGAUAAUCCACAACACCAAGGUCCUGGAGAUUCCACUGGAGCCGAAGAACAACAUGAGAGCAGUCAUCGACUGUGCGGGGAUUCUAAAACUGAAGAACGCAGACAUAGAGCUGAGGAAAGGAGAGACGGACAUCGGCCGGAAGAACACCCGAGUCCGCCUCGUCUUCCGCAUACACAUCCCCCAGCCCGGAGGGCAACCCGUGUCCCUCCAAGUGGCCUCCCAUCCCAUAGAGUGCUCGCAGAGAUCGGCCCACGAGCUCCCGAUGGUGGAGAAGCAGGACAUGGACAGCUGCUCAGUGCUGGGGGGCCAGCAGAUGAUUGUGACGGGACAGAACUUCACCUCCGACUCCAAGGUGGUCUUCACCGAGAAGACGCACGAUGGCCAGCACAUCUGGGAUGUGGAAGCCACAGUGGACAAAGACAAGAGCCAGGCUAACAUGCUGUUUGUGGAAGUCCCCCCUUAUCGAGACCCGUCCGUCUGCCACUCGGUCAAAGUGAACUUCUGUGUGAUCAACGGGAAGAGGAAACGCAGUCAGCCCCAGCACUUCACCUAUACUCCACUGGCAGUUCCCUCCAUUAAAACAGAGCCAAUUGAUGAUUACCAGUCUGGCCAGAUGGGGUACGCGGUGUCUCAGAUCCUGGGGAUGUCGCCCCAGUCGUACUACCACAGCCCCCGUGGGCUGGUAAACCCUGACAGCUGCCUGGCGGCCGGCAUGGCGUCCUGCCAGCAGGUGCAUUCUGGCCUCUCCCCCGACCCCCUCUUCCAGCAGCCGAACCCCGCCAUCGUGUACCCGCGGGGGACCAAGAGUCUGGGCAGCAGCCCAGUGCUCUACCAGCAGCACGGGGGCAUGGUGGUGCACGGCACCUCCCCGUCUGAGCCCUCCCACAUGGGUAGCCACCAGCUCUCCACCUCCCCAGGCCAGCAUUCCUCCUCCUCCCCCUCCUCCAUCAUCCACUUCUCACCCACCAAUCACCUGCUCCGUGGGGGCGCCCCGCCCCCCGAGCACCAGCACAUCGUGUACUGUGACUCCGCCCCCAUCGCCUACCACGCUGUCAUCCAGCAGCAGUCCUACGCGCCCAAGGUGCCAGGGGGCAGGUCUCCGCCCGGGCAGGGCCACGCCUCCAGGUGCCCUCCCGCAGGUGACCAGGGACCCGCCCUACCUGGCAGAGUUACUGUUAAGCAGGAGAACCUUGACCAGGCCUACCUGGAUGAUGUUAAUGAAAUCAUAAGGAAGGACCUGACCGUCCACGGCAGGGGUCAGACAUAGAGGAAGAGGAGGACAAGGAACUGCUCCCGGCCAAUCCCAGCCAAACUUUAUUCAUCCCGUCUUUCUCACCACUGCAAUGCAUUCUGCCUUGGGUUCCCUUUGUUGUGUUAUGAACCCUGUCUAUGUCUAAACUCACAGGACUGUGCCUUAUUUGGUUGCUUACAGACCUACUGGGUCACAGAUAAAAUACAAAGCAACAUGACAUCCUCACUGAGUGUCCACAGAAAUGCGCAACAUAUGAGCAAAGAUGGGCAAGGUUUCAACUCUCUGGGCAGUGCAUGUAACUAGUAAUGGAUCUCACCAUCUAGGUAUUCAUGCCAAGAUGUCUGAAAUAACUUUGACUUUCGACU